AAAUGGUUUACUCAGAUAACGCGAGACGCAGCGAGAAGACACGUCACUUCAAGAAACAUCAUGGCUGACAGCGAUAAAAAGAAAGCAACCCUGCCGUUUGGGGCAGACGAAAAACCAAUCAAGGUGGACAAGUGGGAUGGCAGUGCGGUUAAGAAUGCCCUGGAUGAUGUGGCUAAGAAGAUCCUGACGGAUAACGAUUGUGGGUAUGGCUACGUGGAGAACUUCGUGCUGAUGGAUACGCGACUUCUCAUCUGCACGGUGUCGGUGAUGUUUGCGCUGGCUGCCCUGGUGUACGAUUAUCUGCGACCCUUCCCGGACUCGCGACCUGUCCUGAUAUUGUGUGUCAUUUCCUACUUUGUGCUGAUGGGAGUGCUGACUGUCUACACAACUUUCAAGGAGAAGAAUGUGAUCCUAGUGGCCCAUCAGAAGGACCAGGCAGGAGUGGACCCAGACAACAUUUGGACAGUCAGUUCUUCUCUCAGGAGGUUUGAUGACAUGUACACGCUACACAUAGCCUACCAAGACGGCCAGACCAACCAAUCACGAGAGGCGUCCGUGGUGAAGUCCGUUGCCUCGUGGUUUGAUGAAGAGGGCACGCUACUCAUGGAUCUGUUCACACAGGAAGUCAAGUCCAUACACAGCAGCCUACUUACUGAGAAGAAGGAGAAGUAAUAUGUGCUGUACAUCUACGAGAGAGUAAUUAUGUUUUAGUAGACAUGUGUUUGCCACUAACAUGACAUCAGCCUUGCUGGAUGGAUCAAGCUGGAAACAGACGAGAAAAUUUGAAUCAUUAGAUGUACUGUACUUUGGGAAAUAUUUGCAACGGUUUUAUGUACAUGGGUUUUGCAGUCCCCCUCCAUGUAUUUGCAAUGUAUCAAUACUGUAUUAAAGAAUUGUUUCAGUCACGAACUUGACAUAAAGAGUUCCGUUCCCCUUCUAUAUGUACCAUGCAAAGUAAUUAUAGCAAUGUAAUUAUGGCAUAAACCACAUGCAAAUUUAGAGGUCUGACACUCCUAGCUUCAACCAAUCAGCAUGCUGGCUGUGAUGUCAUGUGCAAACACACUGUAGGGAUUGUGUCAAACCACAAUGUGCAUCACAAAAGAAGUAGUUGUGUAAUAAAUAGAUGUUCAAAGAUUAAAGACAAGUUUCAAGUUCAAUAAGGACAAUUUUCAGACUACGUGCUCAAUGCGACGUAUCUAAAUCCCCUGUCACACAUAGCUGAUCAUGACAUCUUAAACUUCUCCAGAGCAUGGUUCGUAGUUUGUUGGGAGUAAGGUCAUCUCUGGUUGGGAUUUCGUGAUGAGCAAGGUCUUAAAAAAUCAUCUGCACCAGCCAACUAUUGAUUCUGAAAAUCAAAGUUGAGAAAAGCCAUAUACUGCUUGGAUGCAGGAGCCAACUGGAUGCAGAUGUGUGUGGAUUCCUUAAGCUUCUCUUAAUCCAGUGCUGACCUUGGUUGGGGAGUGGUCAGGAGCAAGGGAAGGUCGUGAAUGUGUGACAGGGGCUUUAGUCAUUGUGUCUUUCUUACUUUUGAUGUCUUGUAGGUCACAUACAGCAUGUAGAGGUAAAGGUUUUGUUGGAAGAUUAGAUUCUCAAGUGUAAGUGACAAAUGAAGUAUUUCGAUACAUUUUGUCAAGCUGUUUUUUUGUUGUUGUUGUGAAAUACAGCUGUAAAGAAGAACCAGAAUUUGUUGACAAACAAAAAAAUUUGAAUCAUUCCUGAUUUACAUUUUACAUGUUUAGUUUAAGCACACAGAGACCAGAUUUCAUGAGUAAUGUUCAUGUAUUUGGGAUAAUGCAGAAGGUAGAAUGGGCGCCUUUAGAUUCCCAAAGUUAUGUUAUAAAUGGUACCUUGUAUUGUAGAUUGAUGGUACCUUGUACCAAAGGAGGCCAUAAUAUGGUAUUGUAGAUUGAUUGAUGUAGAUUCAGUAUUUUAGAGGCAAUACCUACAAUUUGUAGCAAUCCCGUGAUUCAGUGUUUGAAGUGGGCAUGCACGAUGAGAUGCAUUGUGGGAAAUAUGUCAAAGUUGAAGAUUCCUGAGACAUAAACAAAACUCAUCUGGACAUGUGUCAAGCAUGUUCUAGACAAAUCCUGUUUACAAGUUUGGGGCCUCCACUUAUGACAUGUUACCCACAAUGCAUCCAACUGCAAAUGUGCAGUUGAAACUGAAAACUGGCUUAUUUUGUCCAAAUAUGGACAUAACAUGACCAUGUUGCUAUGUUAUGUUCACAAUGUUACCCAAGUCAGAUUCCUGUUGUUUGGGUAUCGGGAGAAAGGAAUUAAAUGUCAAGUAAGAAUGAAAGAGAUGAAAACUUC